AUGUCUAGAUUCCUAACGCUCUUUGCCAACACGCGAAUAAUCAAUACUGAUUGUUUGACUUUCCAGGUUUCAGCGCUUAGCGAUAUUGCGACCCAUCUGCGGCGCAUUCAUGAGCACACUUCCGAUGCCACUGGCCUGUAUAGCUGCUCAGGUAACCAUAUGCUCGAGACCAUACGAUAG